GCCGGGCCGACGUUCCUGCGCGAGGCCGGGGCCCGAUCGCGGGUUCGCGGGCGGCGGCACGCGCAGCGGCGGAGGGGAUAACUAUAAUAAUAGAAAGCCUCAUUCAUGUCAAAACCUCUGAUUCGUUUUUUGUAUAUUUCAGCCAGCACUAGAGGUUAAGUGCAUUAUUCAAAUUAGUUAUUAACUAUUGUGUACAAAUAAAGAAAAAAAAAAAAGAAGGUUCACCAUGUCUGAUGAAGUUUUCAGCACAACAUUGGCUUAUACAAGGAGCCCUAAAGUUACCAAGAGAACUUCUUUUCAGGAUGAGCUCAUAAGAGCGAUUACAGCACGCUCCGCCAGGCAGAGGAGCUCGGAAUAUUCCGAUGACUUUGAGAGCGAUGAGCUUGUUUCUUUAGGUGAAUUUUCUGAUGCUUCGGUAGAUGAAAAUCCAGUUAAGAAAAAAGUCAAUGAUUUUCACAUAUCUGAUGAUGAAGAAAAAAUUUCUCCAAGAUUGUCUUUUUUGAAAACUAAGAAACCAAAUGGUGAUAUAACCAAAGAUAAGCUAGAAUUUAUCAUAAAGAACCAUGAAGAAAUGGCCUCUGAUGGUUGUGAAGAUAUAGUUGAAAACACCUUCUCAAAAUCUGAAAGCAAUCGUCAAGAAGUUGAAAAAGAAAGAAUUAAAAUGACCCCCAAACCCAGAAAUCUUCCCAUCAAAAGCCCACCUUCAGAAAAGAGUGGCAGCCUUGAGACAGAAGAUCCUGUCAGGCCUUCACCCCGGCCAAGGAGUCUGCUGAAAGUGAGUGGUUGCUCAGAGGAGAAAAACCGACAAGAAGACCAUAGAGGUCCUGCCCCAAGCAAAGAUGAAGAUUCCUUACCUCCUCCCCAGCCGAGGCAAAAUGGAGCACUGCUGGACACUGAGGAAAAACCCCACUCUGAAGAUGUGGACCUUGAGGACUCGUUGUUACAGAGUCUGUCCUUGUCAUCCCUCAAAGAAAGUGUUGGAAAUUCCUUUUCACCAGAAUCUGGAGACAAAACACCCAUUAAAGGUCAUGAGGGAGAACUCACUGAAAACUUUAAUUCUGUGGUAUCAAAUGAAAAUGAAGGGCAUUCAGUUUUGAUAGACUCUGUUACACCCGAGCUGGAGAAGCCCAGUGAAGGUCAAGUGGAUGCUGUUUACCUUGAGGAUGGAAAGAAGGCAGGGCUGACAGAUGACGACUUAACAGCCGACUCAGCACUUUCCACAUCUCAGAGUGUCCUGUCCCCCACCAGUGUAGCGGAGUCCGUAAAGAAAACAGUUGAAGACAAAAACACAAAGAACAAAAAGUCAACCAAUAGAAUCUCCAGUGCUUCUGGCAGGUUAAUGACCUCUGAGUUCUUAAAGAAAUCUAGUUCUGUAAGGAGAACUCCAUCCACAACUACCUCUUCUCAGUACUUAGGGACAUUGAAAGUCUUGGACCAAAAGCCUCCAAGGAAACAGAGUCUAGAGCCAGACAAAGCCGAUCACAUAAGGGCAGCUGUGUAUCAGGAAUGGUUAGAAAAGAAAAAUGUACAUUUACAUGAAAUGCACAAAAUAAAGAGAAUUGAAAGUGAAAAUUUAAGGAUCCAAAAUGAACAGAAGAAAGCUGCAAAGAGAGAAGAAGCAUUAGCAUCCUUUGAGGCCUGGAAGGCUAUGAAAGAAAAGGAAGCAAAGAAAAUAGCUGCGAAGAAGAGGCUUGAGGAAAAGAACAAGAAGAAAACCGAGGAGGAAAACGCUGCGAGGAAGGGAGAAGCUGUACAGGCUUUUGAAAAGUGGAAAGAGAAAAAGAUGGAAUAUCUUAAAGAGAAAAACAGGAAGGAGAAAGAAUAUGAAAGAGCAAAGAAACAGAAAGAAGAGGAAGCGGUUGCUGAGAAAAAGAAAGAUAACCUAGCUGCGUUUGAAAAAUGGAAUGAAAAAAAGGAAGCUCUUUUCAAGCAAAAGGAAAAAGAGAAAGUAACUGAGAAAAGGAAGGAAGAACUGAAAAGGGCUGAGAAAAAAGAUAAAGAUAAACAAGCCAUCGACGAGUAUGGAAAGUGGCUGGAAAAGAAAGAAAGGCAGGAGAGAAUCGAACGAAGACAAAAGAAACGACAUUGCUUUCUUGAUAACGAGGCCCUUCCUCCCUGGAGCCCCCCAAAUAGAACUGCGUCCUCAAAAGUAUUUCGAUAAUUCUGACUCUUACAUUGAUCUGUGAAUUCACCAACUUUAACCAUGGGUUUGAAAACAUUCUUUGAGUUCUUAACAGUUAGAAGACUGACUUUUCCUUAAUUUCAGAUACAUCUGGUGACAAUGAAAAGGAUAAUCUAGAGUUUAAUUGUGAAAGCAUUUUUUUGCACUUUAGAUAAACUGCCUGAGAUGCAAAUCUAAAAGUCAGAUAAUCAGAUUGCUGGGACAAGUGUAAUUCACUAAGCUUGAUCAUGCCCUAAUAAUUCUUGAAGUGGGGUAUCCACAGUCACUUUCCCUAAGCCUGGCAUGGUGUUAAAGGAUAUUUAAUCCCACUAAAAAAAGGAAACCAGAUAGUUAUCACCAUCAGAGAAGUACUGAAUGUAUAAAUACUAUUGGCUUCGAGGUUUUGCAUCAGUGGUCCCUGGGAAGAGUGUGCUACUGCCUCUAAUCUCCAGAUCUCUAGCCCAAAGCAGUUUCAUCUGCAUUAUGCAGAAGAGAAGAGAUGUUGACCUGUGGAGAAUUGUGAGGCUCAGCAGAACUCUAUUCAUGAAGUCACUUUACUUAAGAAGUUUGCCUUGUGUUUUAAUCAGAGUGCAAUUGCCUGUCCUGGGCUCAUGUGACAAUCACUGGCACCUUGCCAUAAACUCACCUCCUAAUUUUUUCCUUCUAAAUUCCAUCUCUCUCAGUUUACUAAAUGUUUAUACCAAAAGGCAUCAGUUUCAUGGAGGUGGUAAAUUGCACAUUAGUUAUGGAAAUCCACAGGACUUCAAGGCCACUGUCACAAUUAUUUUUCUACACUAAAGCCUUGAAGGUAAUAAGACAACUGUUGUCCUCUUAACUAGACUCAAGGUUAACAACUUAGAUGUAGAAAACAACAGGAUAGGAGAGUGGAUUGGUAAUAAUACCCAGUUACAUUUGUUUAUUCAUUUAUUGAUCUCGGAAUAUCUUUGUGUCAACUUGUCUCAUAGUUGAUCUAAUUUAAGACAGUUGAAAUGCUCCUUUAGUCAAUAGUACAGUGCAGAGACGAUGGAUAAAAACACAGUUCCCUUCAGUAAGUACUUACAUCAUCUCUGCUAGACCUUCAUAAACACUGCUUGGCAUCUUUAUGGAACAGUUUAGGGAGUAAUUAGCUUAUUAAGCAGAUAACCACACUGAAACUCAUACAAACCCAGUAUCUUGCCAUGUAACUGGUAUGAUUGGUCUGGCCCAGAGCCGAUGGUGUCUCUGAGUGUGUCUCCAGAGCCUCCUGUUCUUGUUCCCAUAGCCAUGUGACUUCAGAGAUUUAAGGUUCUGACCUGUGACAAUCUGUAUUAACCAAACCUGCUAAUAUAUCUUAACUCUCAGCACCUUAAAUCUUGGAUUGUUAGCCAAGGAUUAACUUGUCUAGUUACUUGAGAUGCUGAGGCUCUGUGAAUUUAUAAUGUGGAUUAAGUUCUUCCAUUUAAUAGUAGAAUGUCAGUGAAGUCAGCAGUUAUAUUAGGUAGACUAGACUUUGAGUUCAAGAGGAAUUUCCAGAGGUUUCACACACUGAGAAAUGCCCCUGCUGUAAGAUGGGGUGCCACAGACUGCUUUGUGCAUCCAUGCCACAUAGAUGGAGACAUCCACCAAGGAAGCUGGACGCCCUUUGAUGCUUCCAGAAGCAGAAGGCUGCUUCAAAUGUCAAAAUGGUUACUAGCAGUGUGUUAUCAUCCCAGGAAUCAGGACCUUUUCCAUCUAUUCCUCCACAGUACCAACAUGGGAUUUUUCAGAACAGAUUGGUAAGUAAGUGUUCUUGUUCUGAAUUAGGUAUUUGGUGCUCAAACUAUGGCGAAAAUUCCAGGAAUUAAAAGGAAAAUCUGAAAAAGACUCAGACAAAGGUACGUAAACGUACACAUCAGGAAUUUCACAAUGACUCUUCAGCGCUGGAUUUUCUUCUACAUUAUUGUAUUGUGUAGCUUACUGUUAUACCUCCUAAGAUGUGAGAGUUAAUUCGUGUACACUACCUAGCACACGGUGAGGAUUUAGUAGAGAUGCACUGUCUAUUUAUUCCCCACAUUGUCCACAUCAGGAAUAUGAAGUUAACACAGCUGACAAUCGCUAUUUGGCUCUGCACACAUUUAGCCUCUACAAGAAGAACUCUGUCUUCCCAGCUGGUCUGAGCUGUGCUGCCUGGAACAAAGUCCCGGGGUGAAGCAGAGCCCUCUUCAGAACACUAAAUACAGUGUCCCCAGGGCUGACAAGGUGUUUCCAAAGACCCAUGAUGUCCUUUUCCUGAAAUGUGAUUUGAGAUAGUUGUCUUACUUAGAUAAAUAAUAUAUGAUUACCAAUUUAAAGCAACCUGUAUUCAACUGUACUGAGAUUAUCUAUUUAAAUGUAAUUGUCCUUUCCCCUAUAUCAGAAGCAAUGCUGAGUUUCAGGAGUUGUGUGAACAUUCAGAGCUGUAGUGUGCAUAGUUGCUCAGAUUAGAAUGAAAAAGAAAAAGAAGCCUGGACAUAUUCUCUUGCAUAUAUUUAUAUAUCUAAGGAAUUUGAUUUUUCUGUAUUUCCUUAAAGUAUCAAAUGUCCAUACAGACACCUACUUGCCGAGUUUUCAUUAAUUUUUAUUAAUCACAACAUCAAACAUUUACAUUGAGUUUGAGUUUCAUAACUAAGAAAAGAAUACUGUACAAAUAAAACCAUAGUACUUUAGACUUCAGAGAGGUUUGUUUGCUUAAGGAAAUAGACUAAAGAGACUAAACUGAGCAUGCAGUAGGAGUGUUCCCCUGGCAUGCGUGUGAGGCACACUCGAAGGUGUUGGCUCGCUCGCUGUUUUAGACUGUGAUGAUGAAGCAAUGUCCUCACUGUCUCCAGAACAGUGUCUCAUAGGCUUUGCUCGCUGCGGGUGUGUGUUCUAUAGUGUGAUAUAGCUGUGCAUCAGAACAGCUACUGAAUAAGUUGGUAAACUUGGCCCAGAUUCUUUAUUUCCAAGUUGAAGAAGGUAAUUUUCAACAAUUUUAGCUUCUCUGACUUCAGACAUCCACUGUUACUGGGUUUUUAUAUAACCCUGCGCUCAUCUUCCCCCACAUAUGGUAGUCUGGUCAUGUGUUCACAAUGGGCUCAGGUACUUGGGUUAUUUCUACCAUAGCUGGUGGUUGCUCUCCGAGCUGCUUUCCUUUUCUUCUCUCACCUUGCCGUAAUUAGCCACCAAGCCACAGCUGUUUGGGUGAUCACACUGCUAUUGAAAGUGUGAGAAAAGAGUGAAAUUGCUCAAAUCCCAAGCCACAAGCUAAGCUCCAGUAGAGAAAGAUGAUUUCAUAUAACAAGGGCAAAUGCAUGGUAGUCAAAACCAUUCUCAAAUGUAAACUAGUUCUGGAAACUAGUCUACCUACAUUUAGGAACCAAGACUUCAUACUUCAAUCUUGGAUCUGAUUUGGAGAGUACUAUACUAAAAGGUAUUUAAAUCCAUAUUCAUCCAUUUUAUACAAAACAAAUACAGUAUCAAUUCCCCUCUUUCUCAGCUACAGUGGCUGAUGAAUAAUAAGAUGCUUUCUACAUAGGAAAGAAACUAAAGGCUUUUCUCCUUUUAAAAAUUUUAAAAUGUCAAAUGAUCAUGUAAUUUUGAAUGUGUUUGCUAAAUGUACUUGUAACUGUAUAAUGUUAACUUUAGAUAAGUUUUUGGUGUUGAAUUUAAGGUGUUAUAGGAAUUAUUGGAGGAGAUGUAUUAACGUCUACUUAUUGGUAGUACAUUUCCAUGUAAUAGCUAAUUUAUUAAAGUGAAUCAAUCAUUUAA